CUACAAUUCUACUUCCACUUGUUUAUAAACAAUCGCAGCAAGCCAUCUACCUGAGCUUUCCCGGUCAGCUAGCUAGCUCCCAAAGGCAACGACUCACUUCGGUAUAUUUCGACCAGGGCAGGUACAUCUACAAUGUCUGGAUUUUCUCAACAUGAACAAGAGAGGAGGAGAAUGGAAGUAAACAAUCAAGCUACUCCAAAUGAAAUAGUAAACCCGUUAGAAGCUUCAAUGGGUGAGAAGCUGUAUAACUUGUCUCCUGUAUCCCCUAUGCGUUGUAUCUAUCGAGUUCCUAACCGAUUGAGACAUGCAAAUGAAAAGGCCUACACACCCAAUUUAGUCUCUAUAGGGACAUUUCAUCAUGGUAACGAAGCCUUAAAACCCAUGGAAGAACACAAAAUGAGGUACCUGAAAGCUUUUUUAGGUCGGAGCACGCUGAGCUUGUCGGGUUAUAUACUGAAAAUAAAGGCUCAAGAAGAAAGAUUGCGCAGUUGUUACAUUGAGACUAUUGAGCUUGAUAGUGAUGAAUUUGCUAGAAUCAUUCUUGUGGAUGCAGCAUUCAUCAUUGAAGUCUUACUAAGGUCCUAUUAUGAUCAUUUGGUAGAUGCAAAUGAUUGCAUUUUCAGAAGACCAAAGUUAAUAUGGGAUCUAUGGCCUGACAUGUUGUUACUUGAAAACCAAUUGCCGUUCUUCAUUCUCGAGGAUCUUUGCCCACAAUUGAUCAAUUCCAGCUCUGGUGGAACUACCAGGAGGCUUUCAAUGGUCGUUCUCUCGCUCGAAUUCUUCAAUAAUUGGAGAAUAUUGGGCAUAGAAGGAACUGUGCAGGAAAAUGAUGUCAAAAUACGUUCUCAGCAAGAAGUAAAACAUCUUCUUGAUCUGUUGAGAACGUUAUUGAUGCUACCAAUGUUGGAAUCACAAAAUGGAGGGAACUUUCAUUUUCCUCCUAGCACGACAAAGUUACACCAAGCAGGAGUGAAGUUUAAAGUCGGACCAAGAAAAAGCUUGUCCAGCAUACAAUUCAUUGAUGGGAUAUUGGAAAUUCCAAAGUUAAUCCUUGAGGAUCACACAGAGCUUAUAAUGAGAAAUGUUGUUGCAUACGAGCAAUGCAAUUUUCCCUCGAAAUGUUGUGUAAGUGAUUAUGUUCUUGUCCUCGAUUCUCUUGUGGACACUGCAAAGGAUGUGGAGUUACUUAUCGACUAUGGUAUUUUUGAAAAUUGUCUAGGUGACAGCAAUGAGGUUUCUCGUUGGAUCAACAGUCUCAACAUUGGAGUUGGAUAUAGUGGUGACUUUUAUUUCUCUACCGUUUGUCAAAACCUGACCAAGCAUUGCGAUGUCGGGUGGCAUAAAAGGAUGGCAAAUUUGAGGCAAAAUUAUUUCAACACACCUUGGCGUACCAUCUCUGUGGUUGCAGCUGGUUGCCAUUCUUCUAGGGGCUUCUCAUUCGAUUGCUGUCAUUCUUCUAGGGCCUUCUCUCAUCGGCUUUGGUAUUUCAAUAGAGACAGAGACUGUGAUAGCGAAGAGUGGAGAGCAGGCCUUCAAUUUGAAGCGUGAUUGUAGUGAGAUUGGGGAUGGCAGGCCCCUUUAUGGUAACCCUUAAUCGCGUGUACGCAUCCCUUGCACCAACGACAUCACCCCACUGCUUCACUCCUCUCUGAGUUUAACUCUCUUAAGACCACUACUGCUCCAUAGCAUAUGAAUCAAAUUCCUCAACCAUGUUCAGUAAAUUUCCUCUCGGUGCUGCAAGAAAGAGGUACAAACCAAGACCCAUGAGGGCUGAAAGAGGCAAU